GUGUGUGUGUGUGUGAUAAAGAGAGAGAGGAGGAGUGUUAAACAGUGAUCCAGACAGAGAAAGAUCUCCAGUCCAUCAUGAACGUCCAAACCGCAGCGCUGGUUCUCUCUGCUGUCCUGCACACAGUAUGGGGUCAGAGUCCCGUUGUGUCCGUCCGGCCGCGUACAGCUGCUGUUAAACUCGGCGAGACGGUCAGCUUCACCUGCCGCGUGACCAGCGGCUCACAGCCCCUCCAGCUGGAGUGGAAGAGGACCAACAACCAGCCGCUGGGAGGUGCCUUCAUAUCACCAACCUUUUGUUACGCAGACCUGGCAACCCUGAUGUGGUUUCAGAGUGUGUUUGUUGAUGCAGAGCCUCCGAAGGUGCGUGUGACGCCGUCUGGGCCGCUGUCGGUUCGCGCGGGUGAGAGUGUGACUCUGGAGUGCCGUGUCACCGGGAAGCCCCGCCCCUCCAUCAGCUGGACCAAACAGGGCGGUGAGGCGGAGCUUGUUUCCACGACAACAGACACCACAGCAUCACUACAGGUGACCGUGCUGUCAGCAGAGGAUGCUGGGAUAUUUGUGUGCCGCGCUCAGAGCAGGGAGGGGCUUGCUGAGGGGCGGGUGGAGCUCAGGCUGGAGGGCGGAGCCUCUGCUGGGAACUUACAGCAGUCUGUUGCAUUACCGUUUACAAUUCUAUGUAAUUGGGUGUAUUCAUUAUCUCAUUAUUAUUUCCCUCUGUUUUUCCCAGGUUCACCCACUCCAGGCAUCUCCUGGUCGAAGCUGCGGGCGCCGUUGCCGUGGCAACACAAGGUGAACGGCGGGAUUCUGACCCUUAAUAACGUGGGUCGGCAGGACUCAGGCCAGUACAUCUGUAACGCCACGAGCGCCCUGGGCUUCAGCGAGGCCUACGUGCAGCUGGAGGUGGACUCGCCUCCGUACACCACCACACUGACGGAGGAGACAGUGGCUCGUCCCGGUGAUGCCUUGCGUCUGCAGUGUCUCGCUCACGGCUCUCAUCCAAUCCGCUUCCGCUGGACGCGUGUGGGCGGAGCCUCCAUGCCGCCGGGGGCGGAGACCACCAAAGAUGGCCUGCUGAAGAUCGCGCAGCUGAAAGUAACAGACAGCGGCACGUAUAAGUGUGUGGCGACCAAUCACGUGGGCUCCAGUGAAGCGCUGACCAAAGUUACUGUGAGAGCUUAAUCACAGACCUGCUGAUUGUAAAAAUCUACCCAUUAAUUAUGAGGACAUCAGAGACUUCAGACCUACAAGACGAUGAAGCUCGGAGACGAGACAAACGUGAAGUUUUGCUAAGGUGUUCAGAACAGCAGAAAAAAUGUUUCGUCUGUUCAUAUUCUGCUAUUUUGAAUAUUUCUGAAAUGUCACGAUGGAAAGAUGCUUUCACUUUGGCAUUCAAGUCAAAUAAACACAUAAUAAAAAGUU